AUGGCCUCCGAACAACAAGAGACACCACUCUCGGAGGAGGUAAUGCCCCCAGAGGAGGCUUCUCCUACCGCCAAAAUAGUCGAAAUCACAGACACGGACGAGCCGGCUCUUGCCAACGAAGACGAAGACGUAGAGAGCAAAGGAAGUGUCAGCAUGACAGCUGCCGAGAGGCAGCGUGAGAAACAGAAAAAGCGGGAGGCUAAAAGACUGAUGAAAAAGACGAAGAAAAAGGCAGAGAAGGCGGGCACUAGCGCUGCGCCUGUUGUAGGCGAGGAGGAAUUAGCCAAAAAGAAAGUCCAGGAAGCUAUGGAAUGGCAAGAAAAGUUUAAGCAAAUGAUUAAUAGGCUUGCUAUGCAAGAAGCCCUAAAUUCGUCUGGGAGUCUAACCAGUAAAAGUAAAGAGAGUAAAACGCACAAGUUUUGGGAUACGCAGCCUGUACCGCGUCUUGAGGCGUGGUUAUUAUACAUGUCUGUGCAACGAUUGUGGGAAUGUCGAGUCAAUGAAGAAAUUGAUGAAGAUGGUCCAAUUGAAGAAAAUACACCCCACGAUCAAAUACGGAAAGACCCUUAUCCGCUUCCCAAGGAAUUCGAAUGGUGUACGAUUGAUCUUAACAACGAGUCUGAGCUAAGUGAGCUCUACACCCUCUUGACAAAUAACUAUGUCGAAGACGAAGAUGCAAUGUUCCGAUUUGAUUAUUCGGCAAAGUUUCUAAAAUGGGCAUUGCAACCGCCAGGUUACAAAAAAUUGUGGCAUUGUGGUGUUCGUGUAACAUCAAACAAAAAGCUCGUGGCAUUCAUCAGCGGAACUCCAGCAGACAUUCGCAUAUACAAAUCAAAGCAACAUCUGGUCGAGAUAAACUUCCUUUGCGUUCAUAAGAAGUUACGAAGCAAGCGAUUGUCACCAGUGCUGAUCAAAGAGAUUACUCGUCGAAGCCAUGUCCAGGGAAUCUUUCAAGCUGUUUAUACGGCCGGUAUUGUACUGCCCAAACCUAUUUGUAGUGCACGUUAUUUUCACCGUAAUUUGAAUCCAAAGAAACUUAUCGAAACCAACUUUUCCCGUCUUCCUCCGAACAUGACUAUGUCGCGUGUCAUCAAGAAAUUUAAACUCCCAGCUGAAACGGCUACACCCGGGUUGCGGCCAAUGAAAUCAAAAGAUGCUCCUGCAAUUAGGAAAUUGCUUAAUGAAUAUAUGGACAAAUUUAACUUUGUUCCAGUCUUCAAGUCGGAUGAAGAAGUUAGACAUUGGCUUUUACCAAAAGAAGGCGUCAUUUGGUCAUACGUCGUUGAGGAUCCUGCUACGAAAACAUUGACAGACUUUUUUUCUUAUUACUUUUUGCCGUCAUCGGUAAUCGGUCAUGCAGUACAUAAAACCAUUAAUGCUGUAUACCUGUACUAUUACGCAAUAAAGGAGACUGAAGAGAAGGCUGUCAAAGGACGACUCCAAGCGCUUAUCAAGGAUGCCUUGAUUUUGGCAAAACAGGAAAAUAUCGAUGUGUUCAAUUGCUUAGAUAUCAUGGAAAAUAAUCUGUUUAUCGAACCUUUGAAAUUUGGUGCAGGAGAUGGCACGUUAAAUUAUUAUAUGUAUAAUUGGAAAUGCAAAGAUAUGGAUAGCAGUAAAUUGGGUAUUGUCAUGUUGUGA